AUGGCGGAUUCCUUUAACGAGAAAAAUUUUGUCAUCGAUAUUUCAACGCCUGAAACUCUCGAAAGGGACUUUUACGCUUGGCUUAAUGAAAGAAGAAAAAAUAUAUUUCAGGGCGAAAUAAAAUCAGGCUAUCGAAAUAUGGAACCCCUUCCUCCAAUAGACGAUCUUGCAUUCAGUAUACGCGAGUCAUUUUCUUCUGUUGAUGACCUAAUGUCGGAUGGUGGUUCAUUUUCGGAUAGUCCUCCAUCCUCUAUCUCAUCUGACAUCAAUGAAUGUCGUUCGUCAACUGAUAGUGAACUACAACGACACGAUUCCAUCACAUCUUAUCCUGGGAGGAGCUCAGGUACAAACCAAUUAGGCCGCACUUAUAGUCCUGGUUUACCUUUAUCCAUGAACGAACGAGAACAAAUAGUUCAACUUUAUCAGAAUGGAUGGAAAAUUUGUGAUAUAUCAAAACGACUUUGCAUUACUCACAGCUGUGUUUCAAAAAUCCUCAACAGAUAUCGUACAACUGGAUCAGUAAAGCCAAAAGAUGCGAAGGAAGGGCGUACCGAAUCACCACUUGUAAUAGCGAUCCGAGACUAUAAGAUGCGGCUUGGAAUGAGCCGCCAAGCUGAAAUUCGCGAACAACUUAUUGCUGAUGGUAUUUGCAGCAGAGAAAACGCUCCUUCACGCUCAUCCAUCAAUCAGUUAGUCCAUUCAUCUAGUAUUUUCUUGAAUGAGAGGUUAUCAGUUCAUUUCCUCUCUCUUGACAUAGAGUAA